UGAGGGCGGGCGGUCACGCGGGAGGUUUAAACAGUCCCGCUUGGUUUCGGAUGAGUAGGUCGUGAAGAUAUUUACUUUUUCUUUUUUUGAGUUAUACUACGGAUUUUUGUAUUUAUCAUUUCAGCAAAUGCAAGGGGAGAUGACUCACGAAAGGCCCCUGCAGGAAUUACCCUGCCUGAAUGAGACUUUAGAGGGAUCCAUGCUCUCGCUCUCCCAGAAGAGCAAACGGAAAAAGAGACAGUAUUUUGGAGAAGGGUUGGACACUGAGAGCACCCCUCAAGAGCUCAUUCAGCAGUGGUCACCACCUCACAAGCAGCAAAUGGUCUGCAAAGGCAAAGAAAACGAGGAGAAUGUGUUUGUGCUCGCCAGACGACCAAGGAAAAGGAGGGAGGUUAACGGCUUAUCCUGGGACAAUUUGCCAGAUGAGCUGCUGUUGGGGAUCCUGGCUCACCUCCCCCUGCAGGACCUCCUAAGAAUGUCCCGGGUCUGCAAGCGCUGGCAUCGCUUGGCGUUGGACGAAUCCCUGUGGCAAAGUGUGGACCUGGUAGGAAAGGCACAACUGGAUCAGGCUCUUGGGCAGGUCCUUACAGCUGGAGUACUGGGACUACGCUGUCCACGUACCUGCCUCGGAGAACCCCGUUUCACACACACACGCCCCCUUCGUGUCCAGCACAUGGACCUCUCCAGCUGCAUCGUCGCCACCCCGGUUAUAGAAGACAUCCUCUCCCGCUGCCGGCUGCUAGAGAACAUCAGCUUGGAGGGACUGGAGCUCUCCGACAGAAUCCUUCAGUCCUUGUCCCAGAACACCGGGCUGGUGAGGCUCAACUUGUGUGGCUGCUCUGGAUUCAGUCCCGACUCGCUUGGCGAGAUGCUCAAAUCCUGCACUCGGCUUGGCGAGCUGAACUUGUCGUGGUGCGACUUUGGCGCUGAUCACGUGAAGGCUGCUGUGGGCAACUUCCCGCCCAGUAUCACCCAGCUCAACUUAAGUGGCUACAGACAGAACCUUACCAUGGAAGAUUUGACAGACUUGGCCGAGAGAUGUCCUAACCUUGUAAACCUGGAUUUAAGUGACAGUGUUCUGAUAACCACCUCCAGUUUCCCGAUCCUCCAGCAGCUGAAGUCUCUGAGACAUUUAGCAUUGAGUCGCUGCUACCAGUUCCACCCAGCUGCCUUAGCUGACUUUGAGAAGUUUCCUGAGCUACAGACGUUGGAGGUGUACGGGCUGGUCCAGGACACCGACCUUCCAAUCCUGUGUAAAGCUUUGCCCCAUCUCCAAAUCAACACCCGGCCCUUCUCGGGCGUGGCCCGCCCGACAGAGGCCGCCCUGAGGAAUCGCACCAUGUGGGGCAUGGCCUGUCGCCUGGUGUUCAGGCCCUAGUCAUAAUGCGUUCCUAAUGCUUCCAUUAACACGUCGUACCGUAUUUCUGUCCAAUGCCGUCACGGUAGAGGAGGGAUGUAAGCUAUUUUAAAGUUUGUGUGUCAGUGUCAGUUGUGUGCACGCGUAUUGCAGAGAGCCUUAUACAACUUGUGUACUGUCACCAAUUGUUCUGACUGCUGAUGGAGACGUCUGUUUUGUUGUGCUCUUAUCAGCACUUUGUUUUGGUUUUGUACUGACGGGUAGUAGUACAAAGUUUCUAGUAAUACGGUCAGUAAUUGGGUGUGGCCAUUUUAUGCUGGUUAAUUGCAUUGCUUCCUGGUAAUGCUACUUGAAUACAGUGCAAAGAAAUUCCUAUGAUAUUAAGUGUUUUAGAAUUGUUUACCUUCAUAAUGUUGAAGACCGAUUGUAGCUAUUAUGGAAAUGCCUGUUUUUUUUACUUGAUAUUAUUGUUUUUAUUAUUUUUAUUCUGAUAAUGUAUUCUAUGAUCUGUCCAGUAUCUUCCGAACAUUCCAAAGACAGAUUUGUUAGAAAAAUGGUCUGUAGUAAAGACUGCAAAACUCAAAAACAGCAUACUUAAAAAAAAAAAAAAAAAAUCUGUAGUGUUUUAUUAACUGGUUGACAACAUUAAUUACAUACAUUAACUACAAUUGAAUGUCUAUCAACUGUAUGAAUAAUUUGCCAGUAAGACAAUAAGAUGUUCAUAACAAGGAACUAUUGCAUGGGUACUCCACUGUAACUGAACAAAUUGGUCCCUCUUGUUGCAAAGUUUAGAAUUGCCCUUUGAAUGUUUUAUAGACACCAAAUUGAAAGGGCAUUUUAAAGAUCCAGAUUUACUUCUGCCAUUUACUUAUUCAAUUAAAAUGUUAUACUUUUUGUUUAAUAACAAAUCAAUGAAGAUUGUUUAAUUUUACAUUGUAAAUCAAUCUUUUCAUCUGAUUUACUGGAGGGAUAAGUGGCUAUGGCAUGAACUAUUGAUCUUUUGUAAUUUCUUUGGAAAUAAUGUAAUUUUGUCCAUAAGAGGUUUUAUGAAGUAUGAGAUUGUGCACUACAGUACAGGUUUCUAAUGUAAAAUGAAUGGUAGGUACUAGGAGUGUCUGGGCCAUGUUUGGUUUGGUUCCUGUUCACUCACAUUUGUGGUGAGAUGUUUAGUGUCAAUUAUUCAUGCGUUGACAUAAGAUGUAGUCUUAUGUCUAAAUGUAAUACUUGCCAUUUUUGGUGUACAAAUAAAUGUUUUAUUUAAAGAGUU